AUGUCUUUUCAGGUGUUGGAAAAUUUGUAUCAGCGUUGCACAGACAGAUUAGAAUAUCGUACUCGACUUGCACAGUCAGUGUUCAAUGUAUUACAGCUACUACCACGAGAAUAUCAUCAUGAGUUUGUGCAACGGAUUGACGUGUUCUCGAAGAAUCAACGUGUUGCUGCUAGGAACUAUGGGAUAGAAAUCGUGCCACUGAUUCUCAAAGGACUAGAUCUCUCUGGACCUGAUCCAGGGCCUAUCGUGUACCCUUCUGACAACGACGUCACGCAGCAAGAGGCAGGUAAUGAUGCGGCAUCUUCUUCUGGAACGGAUGCGAUGGAUGUCGAUAAAGGUAGCGCAAGCGAUGACAACGAAGAAGACGAGUCUGACAGCAACAGUGGGAGCGAAUCUGAGACAGCUCCGGAUCGAACCAAAGGAAAGGCCAAAGCUGAUAAGGACCCUCCGUCAGUUGAGGAGGAUGAGAAACCUGAGCGAGUACCAGUUCUGGACGCAUUGUACAGAUGUGUUAUUCGAAGUUGUCUUGACAAGGCGUAUAGUGUUCGUAUGCGUGCUUUGUUUCAUUUAGCAUCGUUACUAGAAGAUGACCGGCAUCGGGAGCUGCUCUUCCAUCAUGCAAGGAAAAUGUUUGAAGAAUGCCCAAAGGUCUUCAUUGGUAUAGUUACCGAGAAAGAUGAAGAAGAUGGAAACAACGAAGCGGAAGAAAUCAAUGAGAAUAUGUUCCUGGACGAUUCGGAGAUAGUCAUCGACAACAUCAUCCUGCACAUUAUUGUGACCGGAGGCCCGAGAGAUUCGGCCGGUGUUCGUAAAUAUGCUGUCAUUGCGUUGCAAGCUUAUUUCCCUUUCAUCACAGACGAGGUUGAUGCACGGAGUGCAGUUGAUUGUCUGAAGGAGUGUUGUUUGGAUUCGUCGCUUAUGGUUCGAAAGCAGGCUGCCGAAGCCCUUGAUUAUCUCCUUAGCUCCAUUUCUCAAUUUAGAGAUGUGCUCGAAGAAGGUUGGCUGGCGGCAGUCCUCCCGAUGAUAAACGACAGGGAACAGAGUGUUCAGCACAUGAUAUCGAAAAUUGUCACGGUACGUUUCUUAUUUGAUCAAGUACGGGACUGCGCUUCUGCAUGA